CCCCGGUGACGAUCUCCCGUGACUAGACGAAAGCAGAGGAAAAAAGUGUACUAUUUGAUUUGAUCCCGAACGGGCAGGGCUGUGUGUGUGAUCUGGUAAAGUAACUCUAGCGCCGCUAAGCGGCCUUACAGCACGCGUUACUGGCCCGCCACGUUACAACCUAACCGGUAGCUUCUUGGGUCGGCACUAGAUCUUAAAUAGUGUUCCGCAUUGAUCGAACCUUGACCAAGACUGCGGGUCUAGUAGUUUAUUAUGUUGUGUUGUUUUUUUAUAUUCAUUUCUUCGUGACUACUUCGUCAGGAAGUUGGAUUAACAUUGAGUUGUCAAUGAAAUAGCGGGAACAAGGAUAAAGUUGUUCCUAGUUGAGUCCGUUCGAAGUUUAACAAGUGUUAGGGGAAAAGCGUGCUUGACGACAAUAGAAAAGAGUAGCGUAUCCAAGUUGAAAGUUCAAGGACUUGUGUUAUCCUAACUUGCCGUGGUUUACACUCUACAGACCUCACACCAUAUCUUAGGGUAGUAUUCUAAAAGGUUAGAAUCUACAUAGGUCUUUACAAAUAAAAAAAAAUUAGCUAAUACAAUAGUUGUUCGAAGAUCGCGAUUCAUUUGUUAGGAUCAACAGGUGCAUUUCUUCGUUCUGCGCUCUGGGGCCAAUGUAUGUUUCACUCUUAUUUAUUCACGUCUGCGAAGACGUUUCACUAAUGACGUAAAGAAGGACGUGUUGUUCUAACAAUGGGUCAUCCACAGUUUGUAACUAGCAGAAGUCGUGUGUCAACAGUUUGUGGUUUCUGCAACCUUUUCUACAACCUCACUACUCCGGUAACUUAACCCGUUCAACACUCAGUUUUGUAACACCUCAAGCUGCGUUUGAAAUUCUGUGGCUCGUGAAUAUCUACACACCCCCCGACUUCGCGGUGUUUCUGUUCACUUCAAGAUUUUGGAGCUCGAGAUUAUCCCCCGCCAACAGUCCACGAUGCGUUGGUUUCGGAUUCGAUUAGUGAUUCUAGGCAUCAUUCUGUCCGUUGUCCAUGUGGUAAACGGCAACUGCAAACAAAGUACAAAACAAGUGGCCCACCACACCAAAACAUCGGACGUGGUCAUUGAGGCCAAAGUGAUGACCAUGACCGAGGCCGGAGACGCCGGCCAGGAUAAAGUAAAUUACAACGUGUCUAUUCAGUUAAAGAAAGAUUUCUAUAAAGGCGAUGCCCUCUUCAAAAAGCACUGGAAAAAGAAUAAGCUAAACUUAAGGAUAUUUUCCCCCAAAUCCCAGACCAAGUGUUUGACCAGUGUCCAGAUCAAUAAAAGCUAUAUAUUCUUCCUGUUGGAUAACGGUGAUAAAAGUGGAUUACAUUUUGAGCUAGGCGCCGCCCCUGUGAAAAAAUCCAAGGGCGUUACCAAGGCGGUCACACAAAAUUUAUCAAAUUCGUCGAUCAGCAAUGAGACCCCGCCCACCACAAAGAAACCAGCCAAGAAAAAGAAGCCUCCUAUCAUAGAUAGCCUGACGGGGCCCCAAGAGAUCAAGCGUUACCGGAUCAUUACGUUAACAUGCAAAGCUAACGGAACAGCGCCCAAGGUCAGGUGGCUCAAGGACGGUGUCCUUUUAGCCAAAAGCAACAGACAGAGAACAAUCAGCACGAAAAGUGAUUCAAGUCAGACCAAGUCAACUGUAACCAUUUCCAACCCUUCUCACUUGGACUCUGGUGUCUACACUUGUACAGCAUCGAACAGUAAAGGUUCUGACAGUAAAAAUUUUACUUUAACAGUGACCAAUGACUGGAGAGAGCGCUGUCCACAAGGAGACGUCUACUACUGUUACCACGGUGGGACUUGUUUAAUUAUUCCACCCCCCAACGGCAACGGCUCCGUCACAUAUUUAUGCCUGUGUUCCAGUCAGUACAGCGGUGAUAGAUGUGCCGAAAGAGUGGCCGAUUCCAUAUUUUCAAGUACGGAAAAACCUGGAGGACAAGCGUCCCUUUAUCACCAGCGUAGUUUGAUCAUCAUAGGCAUUAUCAUCGCUGUCUUGGUUUUUAUUGGCAUUUGUAUUGCCUCUUAUAUUCUUGCAAAACGGAAACGAAAGCAGCUCGAAGACAGACGGAAACGAUACCAGACGACAAAAGCGCAGAAGUCGACCAUAACGGAAAACGAGAAAGAGGCAGAGCGAGAAAAAAUGGGACCAUCUCCAAAAGCAAACAGCAUUAAAGAGACACCGGAGAAAAAUUUGCAUAACAGUUUCCCUCAGUAUGCCCAGCUUCGAAGAGAUCCAAAUGGUAUACCUGGAGAAUCUAGAGCUAAGGAAGCAAGACGCAGGCUGCAAGCUCACUCCAACUAUGAUAACUAUGAACCGCCACUCUUGCAGACUGAGUCCGCUAACAGCAACUCUCAACCAGCUGAGGUUACCUUCUCACCUCAAAGUGAGUCUGUUGCCUUGAUGCUUAAUACUAAUGAUUUGAAUUCAUCUUCGUCACCUGUUUCUCCUGAGUCUCCUGUACAAAACACAAGCACUUUCUCAUCAGAUCAGAAGGCUGAAAGUGCUGCCGUCAGUACCAGCUUAGAAAAUCCUACUCCAAUGAGAUCCUAUGAAGCCAAAAGUGUUCAAGAUUUAACUCGACCUCUCCAGUCUAGAACUGUAGGGAAAAGUUCUGAUCCUUUCUCUAACCACCAAGAGUUGAAGCUAGCCAAAGUUUCCCAUUCAAACACGUUCCCAAAGCCCACUGGUGAAAAAUUAACUUUAUCUUCUGACAGUGAUGAUGAUGCAGAUGAUGUUCCGUAUGAAAGGCAGUUUAGUGACGACUGUGACGAUGACCUGCAAAUCAUAGAGGAUGAGGACAUAGAGUCAUCCCUCUCCAAAGAAAAUCUUUACACAAGUUUUAGCAGCAGUAUACUUGCCCCUUCUGACGACAGACAGUUCAACAAGCAUAACUCUAUCUCCGCUCGUGGGGGGAUGAGAAAGUAUCCUAGCGAGGAAGCCCCUAGUGCCAUUCCCUAUAAUUGUGUUCUGUUGUCGCAAGAGUCAGGCCGAAGCUUUUCACUGGAUGAACCCAGCACUGGCUACGUAACCCUAGCUCCACACCAUUUUAACAGCACUUUAGUAGGUAGCCCUGAUGGAGAGGCGGACAGAUCAAUGCAGCCCAAAGUAAACCAUAAUGCCUUUGACCCAACAGAAGACCAUGAUUGGGAUGUACACAAAACCUUGCUACCAUCCAAUGGUGAAGAAGAAAGAUACAAGUUGUCUGAUGUCCUACCAAACCAGCAAGCUAUUCCAAUCUAAGCAAGUUGUUCGUAGACAUUGAUCAAAGAAAGCAAAUUAUUUUUAGACAUUUAUCAAAGUAAGCAAGUUACUCGUAGUCAUUGAACACAGCCAGCACUUAGAACAUCAUUUUUCAAUCUUGUCAGGAUGUUAGGAUGUCAUUGUUGUUCCAUUUAAGACAUCAAACAAAAAAAUGGUUCUCAAGAAUAAAUUUCGUUUUGACAAACAAAGAAAAUAAAAAAUGAGUUGAGUUUGUUGACCACACUAAAACCAGAGAAAGCUGAAACUUGGGGCUAAAAGAGUUCUGCACCAUGGGCACUAUGAAGAAAAAAGUUCUGCUGAUUGAGAGAUUACCUGCAGUCAAUGAUGUAACCUAUCUUGAACAUGUAAUAAGUCAUGUAUUAUCAUGUUUUGUUAUGCUUUGUCCUAAAUGAACACUUUGAAACUUCUGUAUUCAAUCUAACGACCAACAGAACUUUUGUUCCAAAUAUUCAAGCUAUUAUUUAUUUGUACAGUUCAAGAGCUAACUACUUAGAUUUUGAUGUCAAUCUGAAACUUCUAAUUGGGGGCUCGAACAUUGAUUGUAAAUACUUUGAAAACUGAAAUCAAAUAAAGCUGUUCAUAUCUUUUUAAGGUUAGGACAGCCAGUAAGUGGAUAUGUUCUGGACAUAAUGAGAACCUUAAUGAGAUGAUCUGGCCUGUCAGCCUUUAUUGAAACAUUUUUUUUUAUUUAGGGUCAGAGUGUUUAUCUGGCAAGUAAACUGUUCCUGUUUGACAGGAACUUGUUUUGUUCAAUGUUCCUCUUACCUAACAUGUGAUUAAACUCAUUAAUGGACUCAUUCACUGUGAUUCACUCACUACAUUUUAUAUUUGUUUUCUAAUUGUUAUUGUAAUAUAUUCACUAUCACAUGAUUCAACCUCACCCAAAUUUUUUGGGGUAAAAGAAAAGUGUAUGAGGGGGCAUUCGGAAAAUGUAAAAAAAAAAGAAAUUUUUGAAAUGAAUACUUUCAAGUAAAAGUCUGAUCAUUUCCUUGCUAUACAUAUUGUUGUAUAAUAAGGCCACUCGCACAAAGCUCUGUAAAGUUGGGGUUCUGAUUAGAAAAUAGUUUCCUGGAAGUUUAGGAUGAAAGAAAAAAAAAUUCUUUUCUUCAAUUGAACUAAAUCUCUUUGUUUGAAGAAAGUCUCUCUUUGGUUGAACAAAGCCUCUCUUUGGUACUAAGUUGUUAAGCCUAAGAUUUUUUUCAACCCAUCAGAACAGUCUUGCGCUUUACCUUUUCACACUAUAUUUCUGUAGCUUUAAAAUCCUUUCGUUUGGUCUUCAACUAAUAUAUUGUAAUUUUUUUUUAAAAUAGUGAUUUACUUCUUUCUUUUUGCUUCUUCAUGUAUCCUGUGUACUUAGUGCAUUUCAAAGUAGAUUGUAUAUUUAUUGUACAGCUUGGAGGUUCUCUGUUUUCCCACCACCUGUUAAUACAAGCAUUUUUUUUUCUGCAUGUCCCAAUGAAGGAGAUUUGGGUUAUAUGGGGAUUAGCUUCAAUCCAUGUAGUCUGUCAUUAGCUAUUAACCACUGCCAGAAUCAUAUGCUUCAUUUUUUUAAAGUAUCGUAUUCACUCAUCUGCACUGCAUCUUAAUUUUGUGUAUUUCAAAUUCUCUUUCUUAUAGAAGUUAAAACCAGUUAUUCAUCUGAGUGCAUACAAUAGUCUUUCGAGACAGAAUGAGUCAUAAAUUGUAGCACACUGGUAGCAUUGUUGGGUAGCUGCUGGGUAGCAUUAAUGCUCUACCUGGUAGUUGUACUUUCAAAAGAACAGGUUCAGGUUGUUUCAGUGUGUUUAAUCCAAGGGCAUAGCUGGCCAAUGUCUAAGUGGAAGGGAGGAGCUUCGACAUCACUUCUUUAUUUAGUGCCAAAUUUUUUGUUUUUAUUUUCAAAUACAAUUUUAUAGAAGCACAUAAAUAAAAUGUAGUUGAAAAAAAAAAAAGCUGUAUUGUCUCAGUAGAUUAAGAUUUCACCCUCUUUUGCAGGAAACCUUUCUUGUUCAACAUAGUAGAUUUAAAGAUCAAGGUAUAUAUAAAAUUGACUUUAGGAAUUUGUUGCCACUGCUAGCCAAUGUUUGCAGUUCUGUUUCCAUACACCUCUGUUAAUGAAAACAUGUCCCCCCCUACCCUGAAAAUUAUAACUGCAAUCCUUCACUGCUGUAGCCUUAACCAUUCAUGGCUGUAGCCUCAAUCAUUUGUGGCUGUAGUCUCAAUCAUUGGUGGCUGUAGUCUCAAUCAUUCACGGCUGUAGCCUCAAACAUUCACGGCUGUAAAUAACAUUUGGUGACUUCAUUUGUGUUUUAUUUAUUUCUCACAUGUUAAUUUAUUUCUUCAAAGCCAAGGGCUUCAUGAUUGCAUUCUGUACUAUACAAACAUGUCACAUCUUAUUUACUUUUAGAUUACAUUCCAUCUUAUAUACCAGAUUAUGUUGUUUUUUUGGGGAGUCCCAUGUCACAUUGUUCCCUGGGCUGUAGGGCUCUACCUACCACUACUGCCAGCCUCUGGAUGAGCCACUCAUGUGUAUUUCAGGUUUCAAAUUACCUGUUGUUAUUUGGUCAUCCAGUAGUAGGUUGUAUUUAUUUAUUGAACAGUGUGUGUGUGUGUGCUUGACCCACACAUCAUUAUGCUAUUACAAACUAAUAACCUUUAACCUCUUUAUUUAAUGGCUUCUUGUUUGUUUUUUUUUGUUGUUUUUUUUUUUUUUAAAUUAAUGCAUAAUUGUGUAUAUACUAUUGUGUCUAGUAUAUGUUUUUAGUUUAUAAGAUGUGCAACUAAGAGGGUUCCAGUGAAGGAUUCCUCAUCUAGGAUCUGAGCCGUUACACAGAUUUAUAUUUGUUAUUGAUUUCUUUGUCUUUUUAGUAUUUAUUUUGUUAUUUAAUUAUUUUUUUUAUAAACUUAUUCAAAAUUUGAAAACCAAUUGGGCAUCAUUUGAUAUUUGUGAAGGUUUAUAAGUAAGUCAUCCUGGCUAUUAGCAGAGAGUAACUAGUCUCUCACUCAUCAGUUGUUUUUUUAGUUACAUCUAUAGCAAUCUCAAUCAACUGUUUGUUUUGUUUGUUUUUCUUUUUUUUUUUGGCUGGUAGGAUUGAUCCUAUUGACAGUAGACUAUGUCAAGUUUUGAUAUCAUGUCGUCCACAGGAAUGGCAUGUGUCAGUUUAUUUGUCAUUACACUAAUUAAAUGAUUGAAAUAAAUUUUUUAAAAAAGUU